AUGCCGAAGUUAUUCAAAGGAAAAGAGAAAGAAGAGAAUGAAGAAGAAGAUCGAAGGAAAAUUCUUCCGUCCAUGAAUUUACCGAAUAUUGACAGAACUAAGUUGAAAAGAUCUCUGAAAUGCUUGAAAUGGGUCCAGAAAAAAAUUCAGAAGAAAGGAGCUGCUUUUCCGCUGUUCAUGAUACUUCUGAAUGCCCUCUAUCUCACACUCGGAGGUUUAAUAUUUAUGGCGCUCGAAAGAAGACCCAAAGUCGUUGUAAAUACAACACAAGAGUUGGUAGAAAUUUUCGAUGUUUUGAAGGUAAGUUUGCUUGACAGAGGCGCGCGCGCCAUUGAUAAUUUGACACAAUUUCUAGAACGGUUUUAGUGGAUUUUUGAUCAUUUGGGGCAAAAGCAGAUCAAAGUUUUUGCUGUACCACUCUACUUAAAGAAUGUACACAAAUAAAAACAUAUGACAUUUCUGAGCCAUUUAUUAUUUAAACCUUGCUUCAAUACCGCGGAUUGAAGCACAACAAACAGUGCAAUCUCUGAAGCGUAAUUAUAAGUGCCAUCUAUCCAUUUAAAUAUAUCGCAGCAAAACAUUGAUUAACUUUAAAACUAUGGUAGGCACUUCAUUUUAUAUAUGCAUAUUUUUAGUUCCAUAAUUUUUUGUACGCUGAAAGAGUCUUGACUAUAAAUUCCAUUAGAUCAAAGCUUAGCAUAUCCAUUUUUAAUGAGCGCGUCGCCCGUUACGCUUGUAGGCAAGAAUAAAAGACAGCUUUAACCUUGGAAAGUGCUUCUGCGACAUCCAAAAAAGUUUACAAGCAAACUUCAAAACAAGAAUUAGUUUAUACCAAAAAAGAGAAUCUUUUCCAAAUUGGCGCGCGCAAGGUAUUAAGACGUUUCUCAGAUGAUUUUCUGUUGUUAGGAAUUGCCCAAGCGCUUCAAACUACGCAAAUUUUUAUUUUGUGUAUAAAACUUUACGCAGUACUCGUCAUCGUAAUACUUUAAAAGUAAAUAACAUCAUUGUCUUUUUUUUCUCAAUGAAAAGUAUGUUGCUGUCAACUGACUCCGAAUAAAUACCUGUAUUUCAUUAUUAUACUUUUUGUCAACCUGAAUUUGCACAAAAUCUUAGUAUAGUGAAUCUCUAUCUUGCUGUUUUAUUUACUUAUGAACUUGAAUAAAAUUAAAACAAAAGGGCGGCUUGAAGAAUUCCCUGUCAUAAUCAGCUGUUUUGAAAAAGAGAACUCUUUUCUAAUUUUAAAAACUCGUGUGUGGAAGACACCAGCCAUUUCUUGUUCGUGCAUCGUUUGAAAAUGUUUCGUGGUGCUUUUUUGCGAAAACGUAACUUCAUGAAUACUUAACUUGCACUUAAAGAAUGGCUAAUUGUGAAAAAUAGACAUUCUACACAAUUGUUCGAUAAAGACAUCGGUUUCUUUACUCGUUGAGACUUAAACUGUUUUUGUUCAAAUCACCUCCGUACCCGAUUUAUAACUAAACGCAAAAUCCUUCGAUUUCAAACAUUACUCAAAAACGCGUUUCCAUUGAGUAAAAAAAACUCUUCCUUUAAUUGAAAAUCCGCUUACAAAAAGGAAGGAGUGGUAAUUAAAUUUCUUUUUGAUCGUUCUGUAAUUAACUUGUUUUCUCAGUUUUCGACACACUUAAACGCCCUUUCUGGAAAGCUUGUCUCUUCUCCAGGAAAAUAAAUAGUCAUCUUCGUGCAACGGAAGGCAAAACAACUCAAAAAGUCAUCUGUUUAGUUGAAAAUAGCGCAGUGCGCACAACUAAUUACACACGAAUAUACAUAAGAAACACACAGUGUAGUGUGGGAAAUUGGCACGAAGGCUUAACAAGUUUGUUUGGUAGUUGCACGUAAGCAACAACAAUGCAAGCAACGUGUAUAUCUUGGGCAAGCCAAUUAGGAUACAUUAAUUUUUAUAUUAGCCAAUCACGAAAGAGAAUUAAAUCAGGCUGGAGCAACGGGUCCGUCCGCUGGACAAGGCCAACGCGGUCUCUAGAAACGAGAUUCAACAACCUGUGUAUAGAAGACCCCACUGUCUACAAGAUUUGUUUUUGUUAUUCAAAUGUGUAACGAGUAAAUCAAAAGAAUAUUUUGUUUCAAGAACCAAUGCGCCUCUGGUAGGCACAUUAAUAUAUGAUAGGUGUCGUCAGAGUGAGCAUCACUAUUGCAUCAGUUUUCCAGUACUUGUCACCACUUUUAAAGUUUGAAUAGUGCAUCAGAUUAUCGGUUUUAUUAUAAAAGUUACUGCUUAAGAUUGUUUAAAACCUAGUUAAGCUGUUACUGUGAUCUUAUAAAUCCACUAUCCUUUACCAAAGCUGCGUUCGACGUUAUGAGACCACAACCUCUAAUCUUAGGAUUCCUAUAGUAAAACACGAUCAACUGACUGAAGAUGAACAGUUUGCACAAUGGCAAAAGAUUUUGUGCCUUAUGCGAUGCCCGGGUAACUGACAACUGUGAUCUCGCAAAAACCUAAGUCUCCGUCGCCAAGAAUCAUUGUCAACUUCAAGUUGUGUCACGUAAAAAACCAGGUUGACGUUCGACGUUUCCAUGCCCGCUUCGGACUUUUGUAGUGUCGUAAUAUGAUUUUCUUUUAAACAUAUAGAUUUCUACGAUCACUUCUCAUUUUUUUGGACCAAGCUCGAGGGUGAAUAAAACAUUUUAAAUAUGAAGCCGUUUAAGCGAAGAGCAUAGAAAGAAUGUUUAUUCAAUUUUUUUUUCAUGACCUUUACCCAGUUUUGAACUAAAGCUUGGCUUUAAAGCUAAAAAAUUUAACGCACUCACUAAUCUAUGAUUCCUACUAAUUUAAGCUUUAUUUGAUUCAGUGUUUCCUUUUUCUACUUUUCCGGCAGAGUUCCGACUUUGGACAGAAGACAUUGCCCACUCCAGUCGACAGUUUAGUACGAAAUUUUACAUCACAGGAUCUAGAGAAAUUCGAAGGUGUUCUAGCUGAAAUAAGUAAUACGCGCACUGCUGCCACUAAAGCUGAGUGGAACCUUUAUAACUCCAUAUUCUUUUGUAUGACAGUAACGACGACAAUUGGUAAGUCAUGUAUCCACUACUUUAGAAACGAGAAUGGGACUUGAGCCGAAUUGUGUUCCGUAAUUAUUUUUGGGAUCGUUAUGAGGGACGCCCCGGUCAGCUAUAGUCCACUUCGGAAAAGAGUGAUAGCCUGGGACCCAAACUAAGCGCGCGUGUAUUUAUGGGAUUGUCUGGGGGGGGGGGGGCAAAGUGAGCAGCCACUUGGUAUUAUGUCGAGGCAUGCAACUUGUUGAGUGCCUUUGUGCCCAAAUAACUUCAGAAACUCCCCUGGUCUGGCAUUCUAUAGAAUACCAAAAACAACACAUAUACAGCGAGAAUAUGUAAGUUUGUUUCGGAACGCUAAUUUGAAGCUGAACUCCGUUAGCACAGGGAUUUGCAUCCUUCUAGUUUUUCUCGACGUAAAAUCUCCCAGGCACAUCUUCCUUCAGCUUCACAUUUUCAUGUUUUUUUCCCUUUUCCAUUCCACCUUCGUUUUUGUUAUUUUGAGUUGUUUUAACUCCGCUUAAAUAUUUCACAUGGCUUUCUGCCAUGUUUGUUUACAUCCACGUCCCCCCAAAUAACAGGGAGCUUUAGCAACGACGACGGCGACGGCAAAGAGGACGUCGAAAAAGCAAUAGGUUUAUUACUCAAAACAACAACGUUGCACGUGUAUCACGCUUUUUUGUACAUUUCUUUACCGUCCUUGCGCUACUACGAUGUGAAAAUGCUUAGUUGCAAGUUUUAUGGAGGACGUAAACAAGCCACGACGAAUCUCUUUUUCUCUCUCUAAACUUGAGUGCGGUCCUCAAGAAACCAACUCCAGGGAAAUUCGCCUACACUUGCCAUUUUCAGCAAAUUGCAAUAAAUGCGACAAAGAUUGAAAAAACGGAAAUUCAUUUUAAAACUGGCGUUUUCGCUGCAGUUGCCGUCGUCGAUGCUAAAGCUCCCUAAUCUUAUAAAUGCGCGCGCGGCUAGUUAGGGUUCCAGGCCAGCUAUCACUCUUUUCCGAAGUGAGCUAUUGGCCAAUUUUUUCCCUGUCCUUAGCGGCAGUCCCGGAAGUCUUUGCCAAAAUUCACUAGGCCCUGUUUCCUUCUGGUUUGCAAAGUGGCGAAUAGACUACGUACGAAUAGCUCCUUUUAUCUUUUAAUGUAGCCAACGCCUAGAAAAAAGACAGUUUCACUUAUUUACUUAUUUACUUCUCAGGAGAGAAAUGUGGUUUUAACUUAAGUUUAACAUGUACGAUUGUGGGUAAGAGUUUCAGCCGUACAUUUUAAUCGGCAGUCUGAAAUGGGGCCCGGAAAUGUCCGAAUUAAGUUGUAAAAAGGGGUCAGGGAUCUUUUAAUUUUGUUCCGAGAAAAGGACAGCAGAGGAAAGAAAGCAGACAAUAGAUACUAAUUAAUGCGAUAAUGAUUAGCAAAGUUUUCGCUAAAUUUGUAUAUAAGGCCCGCAGCGCUUGUACUCAGAUCAAACUCAUAUUCAUCUUCUUUCGGAGUAUGCCGGAAUGAUUUGUACCACAGUUUCCACACGUGCCCACUCUGCGAGUGGUAAAUGAAACUGCUAGGCGAAGAGAAUAUGGAAACUCUUACAUUUGUAUUCAAUUUCUCUUUUCUUUUAGGUUAUGGAAGUUUAGCCCCUGCAACCGCUUGGGGCCGCGUCAUUUGUGUCAUCUACGCUUUAUUAGGAAUUCCGCUGACUUUGGCACUGCUGGCUAUCGUCGGUAAAAUUCUCGGCGACUACAUAAACGACGCAUGCGCAUUCAUGUUGAAGUGGUACAGAAAAGUGCACAAAUCUUACGAAUAUGAGAGAACGUAAGUUGUUUAUUAUUAUUGGGAUCAUUAAUAGAGCGUUUUCAGUCACGUGGCUAGUAGCUAUACAAAUUCAUUGAAGGAAGCGUUUGCAUAAGAAAGAAUUCAACUCCCAUGGGACUGGUUUGGGGCACCAACAUGGCGGAAGUGAUGUCAUUGGGACGGGAAAGGCACUUAUUUUAGGGGCUACUCAGUUGUUAUUUCGCCGAGGCGAUGAGCACGCAUUCGGAGCGCAUAAUAGCCAACAGCUAAGCAAAUUUGUUGGAACAAAACAAAGCUUUUACAUAGGUCUAAGAAAAAGGUUCAUAUCCUUCAAGACGCCAACAUGACCGCCGUUUCAUUGAAUGUUUAGUUAAGGUAAAAAAAAAACACUGCAAAAACCGUAUACGAUCAGUCUUGCUCAACGUCGGAUCCAAAAAGAUCGUGAUCAGACAAAAUAGAUCAAAUUGAAAACGUUACAGUCAAGAAGAGUUUUGCAGGGACUGAUCAAACAACGCGGAAUAGAGUUAAGUUGCGAUAGUUCGACUGGCCAAGGACAAAAUGGCGGACGUAACGUCAUGUCAAAACGGUCUUUUUGAUUUUUAUUUAUUUAUUCAGGGUUCAAGAAGGCGAUGGGGAAGGACAAGUUGACGCGCCUCUAUGGAUGGGAUUGCUAAUCCUUGUGUUCUUUACCGCGCUCAUGGCAGGACUUUUCUGUUGGAUCGAGGGUUGGGAUUUUGGUACCUCGUUAUAUUUUCAGUACAUUACUUACCUCACCAUUGGAUUUGGAGAUGUAGUACCAGCGAAAGAACAGGUAAAGAUACACGCUGUUAAUAACCCUGACCUACCGAGAGUCCGAAAUAAGUGUUUCAGGAUCAGGGAUUUGCCUUAUUUGAAAGCCGGGAUUCGUAAUUUUAAAGCAAGAUGGAGGCGAAAUUUGGGAUUAAAAGUAUGGAUGGGUUGCGUGAUGCCAAAAAUAGCCAUUGGGAGUACGGGAUUGAGCGAAAAUUUGGGUCGGGAUGGCGCCAUUAAAAAAACCGAAUGAAGCCGUCUCUCCUCUGUACCCGCGGCUACACAUGUUUCGAUUCGCAGAAAAGAAACGUAUCUAGCGACGGGGAGCAAGAAGAGACGAUUGUAUCCUCAGUUUAUGUUUUUUUGUAACACUUUUUUUCCUUAGAUACCUUUUCAUUUUCUCUUGUUUUCCAGCUCGUCUUCGUGAAUAUUUUUCUUGUUUUCCUUGGCCUUUCCAUUCUAUCCAUAACACUGAGCAUGAUCGCUUCGAACAUUCAUCACCAAAUGCAGAAGGCCUCGUUUAUUGAAAAACUCAAAGAUACCGAGAUGUCCGAUACUUCCUCCGUAGUCAGCUCGGCUGUAGGGCUUGGUGACGAAGAAAAUGGCAAUGGUCGUGGAAACACGGGGCGGAGAGGGUCUGGUGACGACAGCGCAAUUGCCGCGAAGGACACAAAUGGCGGGAAAUCUUACGGCAGCACAGAGAGCAGUCCGUGA